AUGACGAGCGAUCGGGGCGACCUCUGUGUGCAAGUACUCGAAGCUGUACCCAAUUGCGGGCGGGUGUCUCGACUGUCGGAAUGUUUUUCAAAUGAGUUUGCACGUGCUCCGAGCUUCAUUGUGCGGUGCAGUGGAAGAGUGAACAUUAUUGGCGAGCAUGUCGACUACUGUGGAUAUCCCGUAUUUCCGAUGGCCAUCGAACAGACGAUCCUGCUGGCAGUGGCCCCUUCGGACGACAAUCUUCUGCACAUCAAGAAUGCCGAUAGCAACUUCAAGCCGUACAAGUGCAACGUUCUCACGUUUAGCAUUGAUGUGCCCAGUGUUGGUGGACCGAACUGGUAUCAGUACGUGUUGUGCGGCGUGAAAGGAAUACUGGAAAACGACACCAUACAGCAUGACGCCCCUCGAGGCAUGAUGAUCAUGCUUUCCGGCAACAUUCCUCCGGCUUCUGGACUUUCCAGCUCGAGUGCCAUCGUCAGUGCCACAGUCCUCGGAACAGCGUACAUGCAUCAUGCCACGCUGAACAAACAAACUCUUGCCACCAUUUCGGCCGAGUGCGAAAAGUUCAUCGGUACUCAGGGCGGCGGUAUGGAUCAGGCCAUUGCCUACCUAGCACAGGAGGGAUGCGCUCAGCUGAUUGAAUGGAAUCCGCUCCGAGCCACUCCGAUUCAACUGCCAGCACAUGGAGUGUUCGUCAUUGCCAACAGCUUGUCCGAAGCGAACAAAGCGGCCACUUCCGAUUUUAACCAGCGCGUUGUGGAGUGUAGACUUGCGAGCAGACUGCUGGCGAAACAGAUGAAACUGAACUGGCGCGAUCUGAGCCGUUUCGCCGAUCUGCAGAAGGCGCUUGGAUAUUCUCUGGAGCAGAUGGAAGCUCUUGUGCAUGCCAAUCUGGUGCUGAAUGUGUACACUAGGACGGACUUGCUAAAGCUGCUGGAAGUCACCGAAGAGGACUUUUCCAACAAUCUGCUCACGCCAAACACACGUCAUUCGCAGACAUUCAAGCUCAGGCAGCGAGCGUUGCAUGUUUUGCAAGAGUCACUUCGGGUGCAACAGUUUAUAGAAACUGCCAGAUCGAAUCCAGACGAUUGCAUUGCGCGCAUGAAAUCGCUCAUGAAGCAGUCGCAUGAAUCUUUGCGCACGUUUUACGAGUGCUCGCACGAAAACUUGGAUCGGAUCGUUGAAAUUUCGGAUCAACUAGGCAUAGGAACACGUCUUACUGGAGCAGGAUGGGGCGGAUGUGUUGUGGCCCUGUGUGACGGUGAGGAGGAAAGCAAACGCUUUGUCGAGACGCUGAAAACGGAGUUCUACGCCAACAUUCCAAAAGCACAAACGUGCGAUAUUGGUACGCUGUGCUUUGCCACCAGCCCCCAAAGAGGAGCCGAAAUUUACGCGAUCAAUAAGCAAAACAACAUUCUGAACCCAUCGAAUUAA